GUUUAACACUUUGUCAUUCUGAGAGUUCUGUCUGACAGAGUCUGCCAUUCUUGAUCGUUCAACCAUCUUGCGCCCAUGCCCACGGCGCUAGAGAGGCUUCUCGUCCGAUCGACCACCUUGCGACUACUACGUACAAUCCUUACCCGCGCGGAAAUACUUUCUCUACAUACGUUGAACCUACAUCAAUGCUGUCGAGCACAACUAUACAGCAAUGCGGUGCGACCUGAUACCAAAAACCAAUUUCCAGUACUUCAGUCCUCGACCAAACAGCAGAGAACAGGACCUUCUGAAGAUGGCGACAUCGCUGUCAAAAACAAACAGCGGAAACGCCCGAACCAAAGAAUACGGAAGACUGAGACGGACUCCUUACUGAGGAUCCGAAAAUUCGUUACUGUCUCGGACGUUCCUACCUUAUCACACUCUGAAUCUUUGCGAGCGACUGCCAACGUAGACCAACAUAUCGAUAACGAAUCGCUACCAAAGCAAAAAUGCGGGCAGGACGAGAAACACAAAAGCCAUCAGUUGGACGAGAAGCCGAGUACAGUUGCAACACCCAUAAUACCGCGACUAUUGUCCGCCGUGCCCCUGCCAGUCCGGCGUAUUAAACCUAAGAUACGAAGUCCUUCCGUAAGGCAUAUUGUGCGAAGUCGUAGUGUACAAGAUAAUAUGCAGAGUGUUCGCGUGCAACAUGACGUACGCAAUCGUCGGGCAAUGUACAGGGUGAGGAAUAGUAUCCGAAUCCGCCGUAUAACCGUUAAGGCGAGGCAUGAUGUGCGCGUUCGUGGCGUCAAACACCUGUUGCGUAGUAGACAAGUGAGAAAACACACCUGCCUAUCGUCGGUUCAAACAGACAUCCGGGACUUUGACGAGUCCCCUCUAGGUUCUAAGGCUUCGCUAGAUGGUCAGGUAACACCUAGGCCCGAUGAUGGCAUUAUUUCUGGGGCGAAGACGAUUCCGAGACGUUCACACCCUCUCAAAGCCCCUGUCGUUCAGGAGAACCGUAGAGAGAGCUCUCUACAAGUAGAUCUGCUUCCCGAUUAUAAGACUUGGGCACAACUCCUGAAGAAAGGUCGAGGACGCAUUGAACAGGGGGCUCUCAGGGAUAUUUGGGACUCGAUGCAGAAGCAGAACAUCAGCCUCCCUGUAGGUGGCCGUACAUCACAGAUCAUCUGGGACACUCUUAUGAUGGAUUCUACUUUGACGGAAGCGAUUGUUCAGCAUGCUUUGGACGUCCAAGAGAGGCGAGGUGAAACACACCCGUCGCUCUACGAACAGGCUAUUAGGACCCAUCUCGUCCAAAACCCUUCCAGAGCAAGGAAGCUGCAUGAAAUGAUGCUCGGCCGUUUAUCCGUGUCCGAAACCUUCCUUCGAACCAUCGCUCCGUCACUACCUGCUGAUAGAGAAAUCCUUGCCGUAUUCCGAGACAUAUACGAAGAUACAAACCAGAGCGAUGUCUAUGAUGCGCUCAUGCCAAGAUUGCUCAUGUCUGACGCUCAAGAUCUCGCUAUCGACUGGCACAGAUAUCUUGUCAAUAACGAUGACGUACCUUCGAACGCUGUUGCGGAACGCUUCGGUAUUCAGGGUGGUCAAGUCCGACUCCCCCGUGCGCAAGCAAGAGAGACGUCUACUAGAUGCAUUUCUCAGCAUCAAGAUAGCGUUAGCUUCCAGCAGGCACCUGCCGAUCACCAUCAGAGUUUACAUUCGGAUCCUCGCGCUCCCAUUGUCCAAUCGACUGGCACAGACAAAGGCGAUACGAUAUGCGCAAAGCUAUUCGCUACCAAGGUUAUAUCCGUAGAUACAGCCAUCCAUGGCCUUGCUGCGUUUGGUGUUACAAAUAUUGGCUCUGUUGCAUUUAGAGAAUUAGCUCUCCGGCUUGAAUCAUCCCGCGAAAUCCUUCAUAGGAUGGAUGACCUCAAGAGCCAUAGCGUCGCAGUCCAAAACAGCGUGUUCGUUAAUGCCGUGACUACUUUCGCGCAAGCAGGUCGUGACGACCUCCUCAAAAGUCUCUUGAGGAGCGACCAGCAUCCAGAUGUGCUUGAAGACACUGAGCUUCAAUUCAACUUGUUGUCUCAUUACUUGGUUCGGGGAGACUGGGAGCAGGUGGAGCGCACUCUUCAAGUACUUACACUCGGGCAAGAGAACCGACCUGUUACAGCGUGGAACAUUUACCUCCAGGCCCGCAUCCGUCAUAGCAACAUCACGGAUCUGGAGCCUGUCGCAAAAGUAAUUGAAUGGAUGUUUUUCUACCGUAUACCCCUUAACAAAGAAAGCCAUAUCCAGCUGAGGAGCAUUCUUCGAAUGCGUAACACAGGCAGGAGACCAGAACCUCUGCCAAGCGGCUACAGAGGCAUGGGUCCCGAUGUAUUACUAGUCACUAAUGUCUAUCGGAGGCUGGCUGAGUCCGGGGAAUACGUCAGCCGGACCGCGUGGUUGGAGCUGUUGAAACGAAUCGGCAUGUGUGCUUCCUUAGCAGAGCUACAACGCAUAUCCUUUUGGCUCCUGGAUUUACACGACCGCCGCGAGUACUUCCGCGUCUUCCCCAUACAAACCAUUCGCGCAUUUGUCACUUGGGCGAUGCGCAAAUCAUUAACAUGGGAAAAUCAAAACCCACGGAACUGGUCUGACGGUAUAAGAACCCUUCGUAGACUCCGAAAUCGCGGGUUACAUAUUCCCACGUCUGCAGUGAAAGCCGAGUUACGACAUAAAUUCACUAAUCUGUUUGCCCGCUCCGUGCAUUCAAGGAACGAGCACCCGAGGCGCAAGUGGGCGCAUUACGCUAGAGCGCGGAAUCCGUUCUCAUUGAAGGAAAUGAUUCGCGAAUCUGAACUGAUAUGGGGACGUCCCAUGUUCCAGCCGUAUGUGAAGAAAGGCAGAAAUGACAGCCAAGAACAUCCAGGUGCGAGGGGAUGAAGUGUAAUUAAGAGAAUAUUACACGGGUAACAAUCGAGUAAGUUGUCUACAGUGGACUUAA